CUCAGCACAGAACAGACGCACAUAACAAGAAUCUGUUUCUACAAGUAUUCAUCAGUUAGAGAGAAUAUCAAGACCAAAGCACACAGAAAUGGCUUCCUGCAGCAGUCUCCUGUAUGAAGAUCAGUUCCAGUGUUCUAUCUGUCUGGAUGUGUUCACUGAUCCUGUCUCUAUUCCAUGUGGACACAACUUCUGCAAAGCCUGUAUCACCAAGUACUGGGACAACAGUGACCUGUGUCAAUGUCCCAUGUGCAGGGAGAAGUUCUAUAGGAGACCUGAGCUUUGUGUCAACACUUUCAUCUCUGAGAUGGCUGCUCAGUUUAGGAAGUCAGUGAAAGGUAAACCCAACAGCCAACCCCUACGACCAGCCAGAUCUAAAGAAGUGUCAUGUGACAUCUGUACAGGUACCAAGCUCAAGGCCCUGAAGUCCUGUCUGGUGUGUCUGACCUCUUACUGUGAGACUCACCUGGAGCCUCAUCAGAGAGUUGCAGCCUUGAAGAAACACAAGCUGAUCGACCCUGUGAAGAACCUGGAGGACAGGAUGUGUCAGAAGCAUAACAAACUGUUAGAACUCUUCUGUAGGAAAGAUCAAAUGUGUGUUUGUGUCAUGUGUAUGAGAACAGACCACAAGACUCAUGACACUGUCACUUUAAAGGACGAGUACAGACCAAAAAAGAAUGAUCUUGGGAAGAUGAUGGCUGAGAUGAAGCAGAUGAUGGAAGAAAGAUCUAGGAAUCUUCAGGAGAUCAAACUCUCAGUAGAGACCAGCAAGAGAGAUGCAAAGAGAGAGAUAUCAGACAGUGUUCAGGUCUUCACUGCUCUGGUGCGCUCCAUUGAGAGAAGCCAGGCUGCGCUCAUUGAGGGGAUUGAGGAGAAGCAGAAAGCAGCAGAGAAACAGGCUGAAGCGUUGAUUCAAGAUCUGGAGCAGGAGAUCACUGAGCUGAAGAGGAGAAGCACUGAGCUGGAGCAGCUCUCACACACUGAGGACCACCUCCACCUGCUCCAGAGCUUCCCAUCCCUGAGCACCCCUCCACACACCAAGGACUGGUCUGAGAUCAGUGUCCACAGUGGUCUGAGUGUUGGGGCAGUGAGGAGAGCUGUGUCUCAGCUGGAGGAGACACUCAAUAAAGAGAUGGAGAAGCUGUCUGACACUGAACUGAAGAGGAUUCAGCAGUAUGCAGUGAAUGUGACUCUGGACCCUGAUACAGCUUAUUCCAACCUUAUCUUGUCUGAAGAUGGGAAACAAGUGAGACUUGGAGACAGAAUGCAGAAUCUCCCUGACAACCCAGAGAGGUUUUGUCUUUGUCCCUGUGUCCUGGGAAAGCAGGGCUUCUCCUCAGGGAGGUUCUACUAUGAGGUGCAGGUUGAGGGGAAGACUGACGGGGAUCUGGGAGUGGCCAGAGAGUCCAUCAACAGGAAGGGGAUCAUCAGACUGACCCCUAUUAAUGGAUACUGGACUGUAUGUCUGAGGAAUGGAGAUCAAUUCUGGGCUCUGGCUGGCCCCUCUGUCCUCCUCUCCCUGAGACAGAAGCCCCAGAAGGUGGGGGUGUUUGUGGACUAUGAGGAGGGUCUGGUCUCCUUUUAUAAUGUGGAGGCCAGGUCUCAUAUCUACUCUUUCACUGGCUGCACCUUCACUGAGAAACUCUAUCCAUACUUCAGUCCCUGUCUGAAUGAUGGAGGUAAAAACUCUGCCCCUCUGAUCAUCACUCCUGUCACACAUUGAAAAAGAAAGAUCUGGUUUUGUCAGAGGAAAAGUACAACUGAUUAUAAAACAAAUUCAGAAUAAUCACACAAUAGAAUCAUAUAUCAGUAAUCAUUUUCGCUGAAGGUUUUAAUGAAUGUAAUAGUGAACGGUAUGACUAAAGCAGAACAAAUAUAAUGUUUUGGAAGGAAUGACCCAAGUAAUAAUAGUAUAUGGUUCAACAAUCACAGACUUACAAAUGUGUAUCCCGGUUACAGUAAUCUCAAUCUGUUCACCAGAGGGGACACGUCAGGUCUUUGUUCUCAGUACCUCCAUCUGGGUUGUCUCUUCCUCAUCUCUUCUUCCUCUACUGUAUUCAUGGAGCUCUCUGACCUUGAAGUGAAGAGUCUUGCUAAGACUCUCCUGACUCCUUCUGGUGUCAUUCUAAUCUUACAGUCUGAAGUCAAUUGUUCUCUUCUGUCAGCUGUUGAGAAUUUGUACUUACUGUCACUCAUUGUCACACAGACUCAGACAUAUAUACACACACUUGUCACAGACUGCAUUUCAUAUGAUACAAUCAACACCUUCCUCAGGCGCUAUUGCACAGGUGUAGCAUGCAGCAAUAGAAUGUACUGUCGUGGCCAAAAGUAUUGGUAGUGACAAUUUCUUUAUUUUUUUGCAAUAUUGGCUGGGGCGGUAAUUGUAGAUUAUUUCACAUGUUUCUAUUGUAUACUGGAAAACAAUUAUUCAAAUUUCAUUAGUUUUAAAGGCUUUUUUUUUUGGCAAAAACAUUCAAUAAAAACAAAGAAUCCCCCCUUUUAUAACAAUCAAUUUGCUCUCGUAAUGCAAUCAGAAUGAUAGUGAUUUCACCUGACUAUAAAUUUUUCACACUUUCCUAUGUGCUGAUGAUAUGAUUCAGUGGAAUUAUGUUAGCUGCUCAUUUUAUGCCAGGGCCCAAAUAACGGUGAAAUGUAGGUUUUUGUGAUACAAAUGUGUGUGCCAAUGAAGCUUUUAUUUAAAAUGCACCUGGUAUAGCCUACAUCAGCACAUACAAUAUUUUUUUCCAAACGUGUAAACUGUGUAGUACUGAGUGGAACAUGAAUCAAGUCAAAUUAUUGGGUAGUCAUAAUAAGCAGCAGCAAGGAGAGAUCUUAACAAGCUUCAGUUGACUCAAACUAGGCUGCUAGAUCAGUGCUGGAGUGUUCAUUUCACUGUCAAACAUCCACCUUCAUUUCUGACUAAUAAAGACAAUGCUUGUAUGG